AGCAGAGGCUGGGUCUGUGCAGAAGGGCUCACAGCGCUGAAGGGGACGGACAGCCGCCGUCCGUGCAGAUCCAGACAUACUUAAGCCCUGACAUCAGCCAAGACACGCUCUCGAUUCGAGGUCAUCUCCCCCCGCAGAAGAGGUGACACUCGGGAACGUCAUCUGUCAUCCAUCCACGGGCUCUUUUUUAUUGGUCACAGUGAAGAUCGGCCGUUUCUCUCUCUCUCUCCCUUUGCCUUUCUCCGGGGGACAAUGAGGAGCAGAGCCGAAGUUUGAGCGACUCCAGGCUGAUCGCGGUCAUUUACAUUCCGCUCCGAGGCUGUCUGUGUUGGUUAUCGCUGUUAUUUAGCAGGCGGGAGGAGGAGGAGGAGGAGGAGGAGGAGGAGAAGAAGAAGAAGAAGUGCUGGUAGUUCUUCGGUUCUUGUUGGACUGUAGCCUUUUCUCCCUGAAGGAUGGUGCUGGACAAGGAGGAGAGUGUUUCUGUCGUUCCCCUCCAGUCCAGAGAGAAGCCGAGAGGCUGCGCCGGCUGCAACAGGAAGAUCCGGGACCGCUUCAUGCUGCAGGCGUUGGACAGGUUCUGGCACGAGGACUGUCUGAAGUGCGCCUGCUGCGACUGCCGCCUGGGCCGGGUGGGCUCCACCCUGUACACCCGGGCGAACCUCAUCCUCUGCCGCAGAGACUACCUGAGGCUCUUCGGGGUGACGGGGAACUGUGCCGCCUGCAGUAAGCUGAUCCCUGCCUUUGAGAUGGUGAUGAGAGCCAGAGACAACGUCUACCAUUUAGACUGCUUCGCCUGUCAGCUCUGCCGCCAGAGAUUCUGCGUGGGAGACAAGUUUUUCCUCAAGAACAACAUGAUCCUCUGCCAGCUGGACUACGAAGGAGGCCAUCUUAAUGGAGGCUCAGACAGACAGCCGCAAUAAGAGAUCUGGAGAGGGACCACGGUGGGCCAGCUGGACCAUGAAACUCACAGCAGCACACUGCUCAUCAGCCUCUCGCUUCAAACAGAACUCUGAAGAAUGUAAAAAAAAAAAAAAAAAAAAACGAAGAAAAAUCUGAGAUUGGACACAUUCGCAGCAGCCGAUGUUUGAACUCUUUGUUACAGAGCUGCAUGGUUAGCUCCCUAAAAACUGACCGUUCUGAUGAGAUGAGCUCGGGGUCAGCAAAACUGGAGAAACUGUGCGGAGGAUGUUUCCCACGACGCUUAUUAUGGACGGUGAACUGGAUCAGUGCUGUUUUUUUUUUUUGUUGUUGUUUUUAUGAGUUCAAAAUAAUCUGAUGCCGCAGAUGGAUGAGUCAGUCGGGUAAGGAAUCCGUCUGUUUAGCCAAAUGGAGAAGAGCUCUAAGUGCCCUCUGACUGCCACAUUCUCCUGGCUGUCACUUUUGGAUCGCACAUGACAAGCAACAUUAUGAUGAUAAUUAUAGAAUAAGACCUAAAAAA